AUGAAGCGCAAGUUCUCGUUCGAUCUGCCUGCAAGACUGAAAAUCGGCCCGCUGCGACCAGAUGCAGGAAAGUCAACAUGGAGAGAUGCUUUCAACCCUUCCCCGGACGCGCCUUGGAUGGAGUCCCAACCGCCGACACCGAAGAGCGUGCGUCCUCCCCUCCCCGGAGAUGUCGACGCUGAGCUGCGGGCAGCUUGCACCUGGAUCGUGACCCACCCGAAGCCUUCACACGAGAUAUGGGACAAUUCUACAUCCAAGCCGGCAUUGGACUAUCGUGCGAUCAAGUAUGCAGAGGCCGGGCCGGUCAGCAGCGUGCCUGCGUUGGGCAAGAGGCCCAGCAUACGCUCUAGGGAACCCUCCAAGCAAGAUCUACUCCCCGACUCGACCAAAUUCAGCUAUCGACCGAGCUUCGUCGCCGAGGACCUUUUCAAACAACCAGGCGUGGCUAUGAAAACCGCGCGGUCCCGUGUGGAACAGCUCAUGGCUCCCGAAGUGCCAAAGCCUGUGCCUGCUACGAGCGGGAGUCGGCAAAGAUCCGAGUCUCACUCACACUCGCAUUCCGCCUCUACACACCAGCAUGUGGCCAAGACAGAUACGGGAGAGAAGAAGAGGGUAUCGACGCGCUCGGAGUCAGUUGGUACCUCUGGUUCGACACCGCACACGGACUCCACUGAAUACCCGUGGUCUGCUUCGACCGCUAUGACUUCAGCUGUCAUGACCCCUUCGCGCUCUAAGCGUGCCUCAUCGCAAGCGGUCAGUAACGGACUGGAGAGCGGGAUCCUCCACAAGACAAAGGCAGACGCAGUGAAUGCCGAGUGGAUGCGUCUUGAGCUGGAGAAGCACUUUCGCACUCAUGAGAAGGUACAGCGAGCGGAUGACGAUGAGCCCGUCGUCUGUUCGGCCACAUAUGUGCCAUCGGGGACAACGCCUCGCUACUCCUUCGACUUUACUCACGUACCUGCACGCAAGCCUGUACCCUCCCGCACUUCCAGCACAAAACCUCACCGGCUUCCUCGGCCUGCCACUGGUAACGACAUCGGGAGAGAAAGCUCCCCACCUCGCCGAGGCAGACCGGAGACCGCUGAUCAGGACCGUCGAGGCCGGAGCCCGCCGCGAUCUUACAGCAAAAUCGGCAAAGCAUCYCGUGCUGCGAGUCGCGUUGCGAAUGAAGCCGCUGCUCGAGCGGGAAGCUUUGCCAACGAGAUCUUUAUACAGCUGGACCGUCGAUCUAUCCAGCCGAAACAGGCUGUGGGCGAAGAUCGUCGUUCUGCAAGCAAGACCCCAAGUAGGKCUAUCAGCAGAGGUCCGGCCAGACCCCCGAGUCGAGCCAGGAGCAUCUCUCGACACGUUAAGGAAUACUUCCGACCCGGCAGCAGUAUACACACUCGGAAGGAUUCAAUCGACAGUGGAAUCUCGAAUACAGCAACGUCGGACGCGCGCUCCGAGAGGAGCAGAGCCUGGCGGGUCUUGCACAGAGGCCCCUCCACCGUCGAACUAAGCAGGCCAGGUAGCUCUGCAUCGCGUGCUACGAAAGCGGAACCACACUCGCCGCAAUCAAGCAAGCCUGCGAUUGAUCUAAACAGAGAAUUGCCACCUCUGCCAGGUCUCGACAAAUGGAACGGGAAUCAGACAGAGUCCGAACAAACCAGCACAUUGACGCGGGCGCUGUCAAAAAUGGACCUUGCCAAGAAUCCCCAUGUAGCACGCCUGGCCACCAAAUCCUCGCGGCGCCCAACAUCAGGCGCACCAUCAAUUCCGAACUCACCUGGGGCCUCUACCUUUCAGCCACAAGCAGCUGUAUCGCAGCCACAUCGUGUUCCAAGGCCACAGCCUCGUGGCGCGAUACCGGCCUCCAACCGGCAUGGCUUCAUUGAUCCCGAGACCGAGUCUCUCAGUCCCUCUACCACUCGGUCAUCCUACUUUCAACCCCAAGGUCGAGACGAUUCGCACCCCUCUGCUCGCUCUCAUCAACGAAGCCCAAUGAUUGAUGGAAAAGCCAGACGAAAGUGGUGGCCGGGCAAUCUCAAAAGAUCCUCCUCUCAGGCAGGCCGCAUGGACUCUAUUGUGCGGACAACAAGUGGAAUGCCAAUCGCAUAG